GGGGGAGGCGGUCACUGCGCCGCCGCUCUCUGUCUGAAUAGACUGACUGUUUCCCUCCACAGAGUUUCAUAAGUGCUGAAACUCCUGCGCGCGCUGUUAAUACACGCGCAUGUUUGCAUGGACGAGUCCACGGUGGUUUCCACUUGUUGCUCCUGAACCAAAGCCCCACUCUGUGUGAACACUCCGUGAGCAGAGGAGCGACCGUGUGAACAUGGCUUGGCAUUCGGGGCUGUUUGCGAGUUGUUUGUUGUUUCUUCUCUCCUCCGGCGCGGAGGGGAAGCGCAGCAGGGAGAGAGUUUACUAUGUGGGGAUCAUUGAGGACUCGUGGGAUUAUGCACCCAGUGGAAAAAACCUGCUCAACGGGAAAGACGUCGAAAAUGACGAGCAUGCAUCUGUAUUCCUGGAAAGAGGACCUCAGCGUGUUGGCAGUGUGUAUAAGAAAGCCAUGUUCCGACAAUAUACUGAUGCAACGUACAGUAGCCUGGCCCCCCGGCCGGCCUUUCUGGGCUUCCUGGGGCCUGUGCUGCGAGCCGAGGUCGAUGACAUCAUUGUGGUCCACCUGAAGAACUUUGCAAGCAGAAACUACUCUAUGCAUCCCCAUGGCGUUUUCUAUGAGAAGAAUGCAGAGGGGGCUCUCUAUCCAGAUGGGACAUCAAAGAUGUUGAAGAAGGACGACUCUGUUCCACCAGGAGGCAGUUACACCUACCGCUGGGAGGUCAGACCGGAAUUUGCCCCCACAGACGAUGAUGCCAAUUGCCUGACCUGGGUCUACCACUCUCAUGUAGACGCGCCCAUGGACAUCGCCUCGGGACUUAUCGGGGCUCUGCUUACCUGCAAAAAAGGGAUACUGAAGGAGACGAACAAUCCAGUCCUGGGUCAGACAAAGCCAGGUGCUGUUGUAGAUUCAGCCAGAAAUGAUGUAGACCAGGAUGUCUUCCUGAUGUUCAACGUGGUGGAUGAAAACCUGAGCUGGUAUCUGGAGGAUAACAUUCAGAAUUGCAGUGAUCCAAGUGGGGUGGACCAAGAGGACCCAGACUUUAAGGAGUCAAACCUGAUGCAUGCUAUAAAUGGCUACAUGUUUGGUAACCUGCCUGGAAUCGAGUUAUGUCAGCACCGUGCAGUGGCCUGGCAUUUGUUUGGCAUGGGGAACGAGGUGGAUAUUCACUCUGCUUUCUUCCAUGGGAACACUCUCCUGGACCGAGGCCAUCGCACGGACGUCCUCAGCCUGUUCCCCGCCACGUUUGCUACAGAGAUGGUCCCGAAAGCAGAAGGAAAGUGGCUGCUGACGUGCCAAGUUAAUGACCACCUGCAGGCUGGGAUGCAGGCCUUCUAUGUCGUGAAGCCCUGUGACAGUGAGGCCAGCUCCACAGAGAUGGGCGGUGGUGUUGUGAGGAAUUACUACCUGGCAGCAAAGAAAGUCUUGUGGAACUACGCUCCCUCAGGGAAAGAUCUGAUCAAUGACGUAUCGCUAACUGAGGCCGACAGUGCAUCCGAGAUCUUUUUUGGUGAAGAGGGUGGAAGGAUCGGAGGUGUUUACCAGAAAGUGAUAUACAAAGAGUACACAGAUGAUACUUUCACCACAAUGAAACCACAGGAUUUACACUUAGGAAUGUUAGGUCCCGUCCUGAGGGCAGAGGAAGGAGACACUCUCAGAGUGACAUUCAUGAAUUUAGCUGAUAGGAACUACAGCAUCCAGCCUCAUGGCCUGCACUAUGACAAACACUCCCAGGGGAGCAGCUACGAGGACGGUGUCAACAAGCCGGGCUCCCACGUGGCUCCGGGGCAGAACUUCACGUACACCUGGCAGGUGUUAGAAGGUCCGUCUUCAUCGGAUACUCCCUGCAUCCCCUACCUGUACUACUCCGCCACAGAUCCUGCCAAAGACACCAACUCAGGAUUAGUGGGGCCUCUGCUAGUGUGCAAGAAGGGAACGCUGGGGGAGAACGGGACCCAGAACGAUGUGGAUAAAGAGUUCUUCCUCCUUUUUUCUGUCAUGGAUGAAAACUCAAGCUGGUAUUUGGAGGAGAAUAUCAAGACUUUUGGCGGCAACCCAGACAACCCAGAUUUUGAGGAGAGCAAUUUGAUGCAUGCUGUAAACGGUCGGAUGUAUGGGAACCUUCCCGGACUGGAGAUGUGUGCCGGGGACAAAGUUCAGUGGUACACAUUCGGCCUGGGCACAGAGGCGGACAUCCAUGGUGUUUAUUUUGAAGGCAACACCUUUAAGAAGCAGAGCACAACACGAGACACUAUCAGCCUCUUCCCUCACACCACCGCUGCUGUCUCCAUGCAGCCAAACACUCCUGGUUUAUUUGAAGUAAGCUGCAGAGUAACAGACCACUUCUCAGCCGGGAUGAGGCAGCAGUACAGAGUGGACCAGUGUUCCCAACGCCACCUGAAGACCACAACAACUCGGCCGACUAAGAUUGUGCAGUAUUAUAUCAGCGCUGAAGAAAUCGAGUGGGACUACUCACCGGAGAGACACUGGGAGCUGGAGAAACACCACGCCACAUCAGAGGACAGUCCUGGCAGCAUAUUUGUGGUGAAAGGGGUAAACAGAAUUGGCUCGCGCUACAAGAAGGUGGUGUACAAAGAAUACACGGAUGACACCUUCAGAGUCCAGAAGAAACGGCAGCCUUGUCAACAACACCUUGGGAUUAUUGGUCCAAUAAUCAAAGCAGAGGUAGGAGAGCAGAUCUCGAUUACAUUCAGGAACAAAGCCAGCCGGCCGUACUCCAUAAGCGCACACGGAGUUCAAGCUAGUGGCACACACAUUCCUGUUGAACCGGGCUACGUGAUCGAGUUGACGUGGGAUAUUCCUAAGAGCUCUGGUCCAGGGGUCUCUGAUCCGAACUGCAUCUCAUAUGCCUACUACUCCACCGUUGAUUUCAUCAGGGAUCUGUACAGUGGUCUCCUGGGACCUCUGGUGGUCUGCAGGCCUGGGACUCUGCAGCACGGUGUGGGGUCCGACAGGCAGAGAGCAGACGUGGAGAAGGAGUUUGCUCUGCUCUUUAUGGUGCAUGAUGAAAACCAGUCCUGGUACUUGGAGGACAACAUCAGAACGUACCUCGGCGUAGACCCUGAGACCUUCAGGCCUGAUGAGGACUUUGAGGAGAGUAACCUGAUGCAUGGGAUCAAUGGGAAGCUGUACGGUAACCUGCAAGGACUGGUCAUGACUCAGGGCGAGAAGGUUGACUGGUAUCUGCUCGGCAUGGGCAACGAGGUGGACAUGCACACCGUUCACUUCCACGCUGAGACUUUUACCUACAAGACGGACCGCACGCACCGUGCAGACGUCUUCGACCUCUUCCCCGGGACUUUCCAGACCAUUGAGAUGGUGGCGGGGAACCCGGGGACGUGGUUGCUCCACUGUCAUGUGACCGACCACAUCCAUGCUGGCAUGGAGACCACUUUCACCAUCAAAGAAAAGUCAUCCAAUGCUGCAGCAGCUGGAACUGAAGGCUCCAGAAAGACUCUGCUGUUCUCGCUGGCUCUCGGUCUUUUGGCUGUAGGUGGACUUCACUUAUGAAGGGACUCCGACUCUGAUCUGUGCCUGUGUCACCACAGCAGUGGUCUUUAAUGCACUUCAAAAAUCCAGGGACAAAAUCACUGUUGCAUGGAAGUUAUUUAUGUAAAUAUCAAGCAAAGUCGAAGCUAGACAAAGUAUAUCAAAGAGAAGUACAGUCACAUGUAAAGUUCAGAGUUGCUUUAUUUUAUUAGGAAAAACAAGAAGCCUUUUAUAUUUGAGAUGUGUGUCUAUGUUGCCUCUUUGGCGUGUUGCACUGUGUUUCAUUUUGAUUUGCUGCUUUUGCAAUGCACAGCUUUACCAAAUAUUUCGUAACAUUAAUAAAUGUGCAAUAAAGACAUUUACUUAACUA